AUGGCUCAUCUACUGUCACACAUUCUCUUGCUUUUCGUUGUGGUUUCUUUACAUGUUAAUGUCAUAGCUCAAGAAAACGAGUCCAAUAUUAUCCUACCAGGUUCUAUUCUAUAUGCCGGAAAACACCAGAGAUCAUGGCCUUCACCUUCAGGCCACUUUGAGUUUGGUUUCUAUCGGCAAGGCAGUGGAUAUGCUGUAGGAGUUUGGCUUGUCGACCGCCCGGAAAACACCACUGUCUGGACUGCAAAUCGGGAUGAUCCGCCGGUCUCCGCUAGUUCUACUUUGGAGUUCACAGCACAAGGCAAGUUGCCUUUAAGGACUGAGAACGGUGCACAGAAAAUAAUUGCUAACACUUCCAGCUCGGGGUCUGUUUAUUCGGCUUGUAUGCUGGACUUGGGGAAUUUCGUGCUCUACCAGAACAGGUCUGUUGUUUGGGAGAGCUUUGAUUUCCCGACCGACACAAUCUUAGGAGGCCAGAAUUUAACAAGAGAUCAUAACCAGUUGAUUUCCAGUGUGUCAAGAUCAAACCACGCCGGUGGUCAGUUUUUGCUGAGCAUGCAGACUGAUGGUAACCUUGUAGCUUAUAGAGGCAUUCUAACAAUGUCUUCAGAAUCAGAUCUCUACGGAGAAAGGAUUGUGGCGAAUGGCUCUACAACUGGGAACCAAACGAUGAUCAUCUAUAGAGCAAGCCUUGAUCCUAACGGAAUUUUCAGACUGUACUCCCAUCAACUUGAAAACAAUACCAUCUCAAACAUUUGGCAGGAUGUGGAUGAUGUAUGUGAUGUUAAUGGUCACUGUGGGUUGAACAGCUACUGCUCCAGCAAGGGUGACGAUUUCGGGUGCUAUUGCUAUCCUGGUUUCACCUUAGAGAACACCAAAAUCCCGAGCUGCUCUCAGAAUUUUACCGUGGAUGGGUGCGAGUCAAGGAAAGAUCUAUUGAUACAGUACAACAUCACUACGUUGGAGAAUAUGGAGUGGGCUGGUGAUCCUAAUUAUGUGAAGCAUAAUUUGGACAAGGAAGAGUGUAAGAAAGCUUGCGAGGAAGAAUGCUCCUGUGGUGGGGUUCUCUAUUCUAUCCCAAACUGCAACAUGAUUAGACUACCGCUCAAAUUUGGUAAAAGACAUGAAAAUAUAAACACUACAGCCUUCAUCAAGGUGAUUGUUGGUUCCUCAUCUGAAAUCAGGCCAACAUUGAUAAACAAUCAAACCGAAGCCUGA